AUGCCUUUCUUGGACGUGCAGAAACGGUUUGGCGUUAACAUAGGUCGAUGGUUGACAAUCCAAAGUGCUGAACAGUCCUACAAGAUUCCUGCUCGAUGUCAUCCUUUUGAAAAAGAAUGGAUAGAAUGUGCACACGGAAUUCGUGGUAUCUGGGCAGAGAAAGAGUACAAAAUAGAAAAUGAUUAUUUCAUAGAUAUACUUUGGCAGAAAAGGAUGAGACGUUUUACUACCAUCAGGAAGCAGUGGGAGAAGCUGGUAAAGGAAGGGAAGUACACCCGUCCACCUCACCAUGUGGGCAAGGGGGAGCCUCGGCCCCUAAGCAGACUCCCAAAGUGCUGGGACUACAGGUGUGGAAUUUCUCAGUUCAAGGAUUCACUUCUUAGCUGCCUCCAGCUCCUGCAGUUGGCAGCUGACGGGGCAGCCCUGUUAAUGCAACCAGAGUGUUUAAAGCGGCAGAAUGGCAUAUCUCAAAAAGGAGCUGCUCCUAAUCUGAAACACAACCCUGCCUUUAAUCUGAGUCCUGGAGAGAAAAGAUUAAACAAAGCCACAGCAGUUGACUACAGCUGCCAAUGUGUAACACGUCUGUUGUUAAUGUUUUCCUAUACACCCUUUGCCAACUGCCUUUCCUUAGACUUGGAUGCCAGGACGCAGGCUGCAGUAGAUAAUGCUAAUGCUCGCCUGUGUUUGGCCCUCUUGUUGUCCCUUGGAGCAUGGCACACUCCAUCUCCCACUGCCCCGCAGCUGGGUCGGUCAUGUGAUGGGUUCUAG